UCUACCAUAUAUUACUUAGCAAAUACAGAACUACUAUCCAACUUCUAAAUAAGACCUUCCUCCCUAAAAUGUCGACCAACAAUUAUAGGGAAGAAAGAAAGAGAGGCUUGGUGAUGCUUAGAGUCUUCAUUAGAAAGUUAAAAAGGGGUUUCUCCGCUUUGGCUGCUAUUAGAGGACCUGAUCGCUGCAAUUUUAGUGAUGAAGAACCGGAACUGGAAGUGUCAUCGACCAAGGUACCAGAAGACGUAAAGGAAGGACAUUUUGCAGUUUUUGCAGUAAAGGGUACUGAGAAGGAGAGGUUUAUUGUAGAGCUUGGUUACUUAUCUUGCCCUGCGUUUUUGAGUUUGUUAGAGCAGGCUAAGGAAGAAUAUGGAUUCAGACAGAAGGGUGCUCUUGCUGUUCCUUGCCUGCCUGAGGAAAUGCAGAAGAUUCUACAAGAAAGGAGGGAGUGUAAUCUUACCGUCAUAGGGGGACAGUAGGCCAAAAAAAUCAGUUUUCGUGUUUAGCUUUAGGAUAACUUUUUUCCAUGUCGAUAUGUGUUGCUGAUUAUGUCGCUGAGAUGUGCAAAAUUAAACUCAAUGCUUAAAAAAAUUAAUAAACAAACACAAUAAGCAAAAAAACAUAUAUAUAUAUAUAUAUAUAUAUUGAUGGUA